AUGCCUCAGCAGUAGAGCGAGGAGGGACAUUUAUUGGGCGGGAUUUUACGGCUUUGAUUGAUGCUGUUGCGCACCGGGAGGUAGCAGCUAGGCUACAAAAUACAUUUCAUAGUAGUUGAAGUAGAGGAGGGUGCGCCACUUCGUCGGAGGAGUGUGAUCUUGACUGGCCAUCAUUUGGAGUCAAUUCAGCUGCCGGAGAAAAACUGCAAGCCACAGGUUGCUGAUUGAAACCAAGGGACUUACAUUUUGCAAAGUUCUCUGACACGCAAAGAGCUGGUGGAGGUGAAUCAGGGAUAAGACAACAUGAGUGACCGUUUUGACUGUGGCGAGUGCAAGGAGUCCCUGUAUGGACGCAAAUACAUUCAGGUGGAGGACGUUCCCCACUGCAUCCCCUGCUAUGACCGCCUGUAUGCCAACACAUGUCAGAAGUGCAAGGAGCUGAUCGCACACAACGCACGGGAGCUGUUCUACGAGGACAGGCACUACCACGAACACUGUUUCCGUUGUUUCCUCUGUGACCACUCGCUGGCGGACGAGCCCUUCACCAGCCAGGAGGAGGCGCUGCUGUGCAACGACUGCUACCGCAAUGAGUUCUCGGCCAAGUGUGUGGCCUGCGACAAGACCGUCAUGCCAGGCUCAAAGAAGUUGGAGUAUGGGGGUUCUGCGUGGCACGAGGACUGCUUUGUGUGCCAUGGCUGUGAGAAGCCCAUCGGUGGCCAGUCCUUCAUCCCCGACAAAGACGACUACUACUGUGUACCCUGCUACGAGGGCAGGUUUACCCCGCGAUGCAGCCGCUGCAAAAAGGCACUGGCGACAGGGGGCGUCAGCUACAAAGAUGAGACGUGGCACAAGGAGUGUUUGGUGUGCACGGGCUGUAAGAGCCCACUGGCGGGCCAGCCCUUCACCUCCCAGGGAGACACGCCCUACUGCGUCAAGUGCUUCAGCAGCCUCUACGCACAGAAGUGUGCCUCCUGUAACUCGCCCAUCACAGGGUUUGGCGAGGGGAAGUACGUUUCUUUCCAGGAUCGGCAGUGGCACCAGCCCUGCUUCAAGUGCUCCCACUGCUCUGUCUCUCUGGUUGGGUCCGGCUUCUUCCCUGACCGGGACCAGAUCCUUUGCGGAGACUGCAACAACGACCAAGAAGACCAAUGAGAAUCACUGUCUCUCUCCUUCAACUGUGCCUGACCAAUCACAAAUGUACAGUUAUAGCUAUCCUGUUUGUAACACACAGCGGUGACAUGACCACCAUGACCACCUAUCGUACAGUUAAGAGAGCCUCUAAACCUCAACCUAUAUUUAAUACUACAUCACCCUAAAUACAUACAGUACCAGUCAAACGUUUGGACACACCUACUCAUUCAAGGGUUUUUCUUUAUUUUUACUAUUUUAUACAUUGUAGAAUAAUAGUGAAGACAUCAAAACUAUGAAAUAAGACAUAUGGAAUUAACAAAUCAAAAUAUUUCAUAUUUGAGAUUCUUCAAAGUAGCCACCCUUUACCUUGAUGACAGCAUUCUACACUCUUGGCAUUCUCUCAACCAGCUUCAAGAGGUAGUCACCUGGAAUGCAUAUCAAUUAACAGGUGUGCCUUGUUAAAGUUCAUUUGUGGAACUUCUUUCCUUAAUGCAUUUGAGCCAAUCAGUUGUGUUGUGACAAGGUGUUUUGUGUUCCACAAAGUAACUUUAACAAGGCACACCUGUUAAUUGAUAUGCAUUCCAGAUGACUACCUAUUGAAGCUGGUUGAGAGAAUGCCAGGAGUGUGCAAAGCUGUCAUCAAGGCAAAGUGUGGAAUCUCAAAUAUAAAAUAUAUUUAGAUCUGUUUAACACUUUUUUGUUUACUACAUGAUUCCAUGUGUUAUUUCAUAGUUUUGAUGUCUUCACUAUUAUU